AUGCCCUGGCAACCUCUGCCUCGCAUCGCCUUCGCUGUAGCGACUUUUCCCUUUGCCCCCUUCGGACCGGCCGACCUCCCGCUCGAACUCGGCGACGAGCUGUACAUAAUCGAGGAAACGACUGAUGGGAACUGGCUCCGCGGGUACCUGGUCGCACCGCCCAGCCUUCUGUCCGGGUUGACCUCCGUCAAGGGACAAACACUCGAGACGCGAGUAUUUAGCGGCGUCUUUCCUCGCAGCUGCGUCGAGGUCCGCGAGGUUCUGGGCGAAUCUGACGACACGGACGAUGCCGGUAGCGACGACGGCAGCGACCUCCCCGGCGAGACGGGCCCCGUUGGCAGUGACUCGGCCAAGAGCGGCGUGGUAGGGAAGAGGAACAAAAAGGCCAAGGCGCCCGAGUUGUCCAUCAAUGGCCUGGACAAGGGCGAUACAAGGCCAAGGAAACCUCUCAGAGAGCUUCCCAACGGCGCAAACGGCCGCCUCUCUGUUCCCGUGAGGCGUGACCCCAAUGCGCCACGGCCGCCCGCCCCAGUGCCCAUGCUCAAGAUUGGCGAUGAGACACCGACCUCUGCUUCGGAACCGCUCAUAGACGAAAUCGCCUCAUGUCUGCGCGAAUGGCAUUCUACGAACCUCCACGAGCUGCUCCUGAGCCGACAAUAUAACAAGCUCGACAAGCUCUCGCAUCUGAUUCAGACCCUCAACCAAUCACGCCAGCAGUUCUUACAUAACGUGUUGACUACCUGGGAAUAUGGCAAGCUUCGUGAGAAGACUGUGUGGGAUCUGGUCCGUGUCAACAAGUUGUGUGGGGGCGAGGUCAUUGUCCGGGAUCCUAAGGAAUACGGGCGCGUUCUGACGGGGGAUGACUCGGUCGUUGAAAUCACCAAGUUGCAGUCAGUUAUGAGUCUCCUGGACGAGAUGCCUCAACCUGCGGUGGAGCCAGACGCCUUGCACCACCUUCUUGUCGAUGUGAGAGGGUAUGCCGGCGCAUCAGCCGAGAACACGUCCCUGGUCAUGUACCUCGUCAGCAGGCAGCCAGGCGGUCUGCUGACCCCGCUGUCCGAGAGCUAUAUCAUCGAGAUCCCUUCUGGAGGCACAAUGGCCCAUUUCGCCAGAAACACUCACAUGAGGACGCUGUUCGCCGAUCUGUCUUCCGGAGACAUUGGAGACGGGCCGUCCGCCGACUCGGAGCUAUUCCUGGUUGUAAAAGUCCGCGCCACGCAGCAAAUUAUCCCUGCGGGGAAACCAAGCUCUCGAUCUGGUUCUGGCUCUCAAGGAGGAAGCAAUCAUUCGAAGGAUGGAGGCAGACCCCCGCUUUCUAGCGGAAGCAAAUCAGUACGGCGGAGCUUCAUGUGGGCAGGCAAGACCACCAGGUCGGCGUUUUCUAGAGGAAAUCCCAAGCUCGACCCCCUCAGCGAGCAUGGCGAGGACAGACCGGGAACGAGCGGAGCAGAGAGUGUGGACGGAGGCCCUCCCAGCACUGCCAACUCGAGAAGCGGCGGCAGGGUCUCCAGUGAUGUACUGCCCGCCCAGAUGACUGCUGAACGAACCGUUGGCUUGGGCGUUCUGAAACUGAAUCCGAUCAUGAAACAGGCAGAGGAAAUCGAGCACGUUGUGAAUAUCUGGUCACCCUCAGACAGACUCAGUGCCGACAGGCAGGGCGAUGGUGAGGACUGGAAUCCUCUAAUCAAAGAGUUGAUGGAGAGCAGAUCCGGCCAGUAUGACAGGGCUCGAGGCACUGAGCGAGUCCAGGUUCAUCUGAGGGCUUUCAACCACCCGGAUGCGGAUGCAUUGAUAAAGGCCACCCCGACUCUAUUGUCUGGAGUCUGCAAGACGAGCAAGAUGGGCUUCUCUGGUGCUCCAACCAAGCCGCGAUCCGACAUCUACGUAACGCUCAACGAGGCCAUCCUGUCCAGGCAAACGCUGAUAUCGCGCUACGGAGCCAGUGCCACCACGCUCUCAAGCAACCUGCAUGGUAACAACUUGCAGGUGACGCUCGAAGUCAGGAAGUCGACUGGCGAGCGAAUCGAGAACUGCAUCUUCCCGUCGUCCAAUAGCGAAGGCAUCAGCACGUGGAAGACAACCGCGACACAGCGCGGCGACCGUUGGAACCAGACUUUCAGACUGCAGCUGGCACAACAAGACGUGUUCUCAUCCCAUAUCGUGAUGUUCAUCUCCGAUAUGCCGAACCCUCCAUUCGCCGUGACGUACAUGCCUCUUUGGGAUCAACAGGCAUUCCUCCGCGAUGGCCCACACGGUCUCAUCCUCUACCGGGUGGACGAACAUACCGUCGCGCCACAGCCUAUUGGCCAGACUAGAGGAGGCUAUCUCGAUCUUCCGUGGACCACACGGGGCCGGGGCGAAGCGCAGGCAGAGGUUACCGGUCCCCUUGCCACUCUACGCGUUGAGACAUAUCUUUGCAGCACCAGAUUCUCCCAGGACAGAAUCAUUCUUGGGUUGAUCAAGUGGAAAGAGGGCCCCCGCGACGAGAUCCCCAAUCUCCUCAAACAACUGAUUUUUGUCCCCGAGAUCGAGGUUGUGAAAUUGCUCAACGAUGUUCUUGACGCGCUCUUCGGCGUCCUAGUCGAAUUUGCUGGCAAUGACGACUACGAGGAUCUGGUAUUCACGGCACUCGUCAGAGUAUUGGGCAUCGUCCAUGACAGACGCUUCAACCUCGGCCCACUUGUCGACCAAUAUGCCGAGACUCGGUUUAAUUACCCUUUUGCCACCCCUUGUCUUGUGAGGUCGUUCACCCGCCUCCUUUCUAAACCAACGGAGCCCGAAACCGCGAGGAAGCUGCGCGCGACUUUCAAAGUGGUGCGGCAUAUCUUGAAGUUCAUCACUCAUGCUCGUGGACAACAAAAAGAGAAAGAGGCCGAUAUAGGAAUUACUGGCUCAAGCUCCGGUUUCACACGCCACCUACGGAGCAUCUUCAAGGCCCUCGAUGCUAUGAUGAGAAGUACGGCGCCUGUUCUUGUUGGCAGCCAGACUCUUGCAGUGCAGCACUUCCACACGUGGCUGCCCGAGCUUGCGGGCCUUUUGACAACCGAAGAGAUCAUGCAUAUCGCUAUUGACUUUAUGGACUCAUGUGACAAAGUCAAGGGCAAGCUGGUCCUGUACAAGCUGGUUCUGAUCAUCAACUACUCGAAUCUGGAGGUCUUCUCACAUCCCGAACAACGAUCCGUCCUGAGCGCUAAUACCGUGCGGUGGAUUUCGCCACAUUGGGGCCAGACCGACGAGGUCACGGAGCAGUGGAAAGAACAGGUCAGACUUUGUUGUUCUGUCCUGGCUAGCCAGGUUGAUCAUCUCGGCCCAGAGAUUCCCGAUCACAUCCCCAAGAUUAUCGAAUCUUACCUCGCUAUCCAGAUGGUCCCACCAAAACCGCGAGCCCGACUCUCUUUAUUGUUCCCCUCACAAUAUCCUUUUCCAGGCAAGCCAACCUCGGAUCAGAUCGAGUUUGAUGAGGCACUCGUCGAGCUCUCUGCCAUCUUGUCAGCACUUUCAAACUCCCCCAGUGGGAUGCAAUUCGACCUUGUCGACGAAGACUUGAACAUAAUAAUAGAAAAUACCCUUCGCGUCCAUAUGAGUAUCUUGCAGGGCGAGGCUUUCCCAGCCGGCUGGCUAAGUGUACAUAUAUAUCACCACAAGUCGACAAUGCGGACGCUCCAGUAUCUGGCCAGCAUCCUUCUGGAGUCGUUCCUCCCGCACCCGGAUGAGGCAGAGAAUUUCAGCACUGAGCUAUGGAAAAUGUUCUUCAGCACCAUGUUGAGGCUUGUAGGAAGCCCUUCAUUGGCUUUAGAAACGUUCCCGGAGCAGAAGAGACGGGCCGUCUGGAAGAUCGCAGGCGAUGUCCGGGAGCAUGGGGCAGAGCUCCUCAGGCGAACCUGGGACGCCAUUGGCUGGGAAACAAGUCCGGACGAGAGGCAACGGUACGGUCUGGCGAAAAUGGGUGGCUACCAAGUUCAGUACGUUCCUACGCUGGUAGGGCCGAUCGUCGAACUCUGUUUAAGCGUGCACCAAGGCUUGCGCAGAAUGGCAGUCGAGGUGUUGCAGACCAUGAUUGUGAGCGAGUGGACGCUCAGCGAGGAUCUGUCCGUCAUCCAAACCGAGGUUAUUGAUUGCCUGGAUCAGUACUUCAAGUCGAAACCUCUCACGGAAAGCAUACUGCAAAAGCUGUUCGUUAGCGAACUGCUGGAGCGUUUCGAGCCACUGGCCGAACUUCCAGAUGAACCUCUAUACGCCGCGGUCCGCGAGCUCAUGGGUACAGUCGACGAGUUCUUGGACCUGCUGGUUGCGGUCCAUAGCGCGGAUGGGUCAGGCGAGGCCUCGCACCUGAUCAACCGCCUGCGGCUCAUGGAGUUCCUUCGGGAUAUGCAAAAGGAGGAGAUCUUUGUCCGCUAUGUCCACCAACUCGCAGAGUUGCAGGCUGAAGCACGCAACCACACUGAAGCUGGCCUGGCCCUGCGACUUCAUGCCGAUCUCUACGACUGGGAUCCCACCAAGACAACGCCUGCUUUGACAGAUCCAGAAUACCCGGCCCAAACCCACUUUGAACGAAAAGAGAGGAUCUACUUUGACAUGAUCAAGCACUUCGAGGAUGGAGAGGCUUGGAGCACGGCUCUGGCAGCCUACAAAGAAUUGCAAGCCCAGUACGAGAACAACACGUUUGAUUUCGCCAAGCUUGCGAGGACGGAGCGGGCCAUUGCAACAAUCUACGAGACUAUCCACAAGAGCGACAGGCUUGUCCCGAAAUACUUCAAGGUUAUCUUCAAAGGAUUGGGAUUCCCGGCGUCCAUUCGAGACAAGGAAUUCAUUUACGAAGGUUCGCCAACCGAGCGCGCAAACGCCUUCACGGAUCGUAUGCAACAACAGUACCCGUCUGCGCAAGUCGUCACGGUCAUUCACGAGGCCAUUGACGACGCCGAGGGCCAGUUCUUGGUCAUCUCCACGCUGAGCCCCCACCGGGACCUCGGUCACCAUGUGUACCAGCGUGCGCGGGUUCAUCAGGUCGUUCGUGACUACUUGGUGUGCUCGAACCCGCAGUCGUUCUCCGUCACAACGAAGCGGGUGACCGUAGGCCCGGUGGUGGAACAUUUUGCCGAGAAAACCGUCUUCACGACCGCGGAGUCUUUCCCUACCAUCCUGCGGCGAAGCGAGGUCGUCUCUAUCGACAACGUUCGAUUCUCUGCCAAGGAGACUGCCCUCGAACGAAUCGUCCGCAAGACGGCUGAGAUGGCAGCUGUUGAAAAGAAAAUCGCUGACGGCGAGGGUACUAGCGAGACUGCAAGGCUGCUAUUGGACGCUGUGACCGUGUCGGUCAACCCCAACUCCGAAACCUCGGUCGUUUGCUACCGCGAGCUCGUCCCCUCGGCGUCGCCUGCGGAGGACGCGGAGGAUGAAGAUCACGAACCACCAGAGUUGGAUGCGCAAGAGCUCGCCAUAAAGAUGGCUCUCGUCGACCAUGCGAUCGUACUCAAGCGGUGCCUAGCGACGAUUGCGAAAAGCUCAAAUGAGAUUCUCAAUCGGAAUGCAGAGGAUCUGCAAAGAUAUUAUGAGCUUAUCUUCGCACCCGAGAUCGCGUUCUUCACUCCAGCGCAACCGCCGGCCCGGGAGACCAAUCCUAUGAAUUCGUCACCAACUUGGUCACGGUCUUCUCCAACAGACGCCAUGACGCCGAAGAGAACCCCGAACCCGCCGAUCAAUCCCGCAAAUGCCGGGGCGGUAGUCGAGGAGGUUUCCACUGUCCGGCCCGUUUCCUUGCGCCAGGGCCGUGGCGCACGGCUGUCCUUUCUCGGAGGCAGGAGGAAGGAUACUCCGCCGACUCCUCAACUGAAUGGUGAGGGCAAGGCCUUGUCGCAGCAGCAGACCAACGGCGAUACCGAGUCGGCGACGAGCGACCACAGCGGCCGCCGAAGCCGAGACAACCCCAACCGAAGGAGCUUCUUCAGGGCUCACUCCCACGACAAGGCCCCGAACACGUCGGGCAGCAUGACUAACGGUCACGACUCGAGCGGCGGUACCGGCGGAGACUGGGUGACGGACUCUGGCGGUCGUCAGAGCUCGGACGUCGAUCGGGACAGGCACGACAGCAGCGCGAUUGGCAGCGUCAGAAAGAGGCUGAGCAUGCUGAAGCUGGGGAAGAAGACGAGCAGGGGCAACGUGUUGAUGGGGAGCUUGGACGAGGAGUAG